AUGCAAUGUGUUGGUAGGCGAACAUUAUUUAUAGUGACUGCAGCACUACUUUGGAGUUCAGUAAAUGCAAGACGGAUUUUCGCAAUAGAUUCAGAAUGUACAAGCUGCUCCUACUAUACCACUCAUAUUUGCAUAUCUCCCUUUCUAUAUAGCGAACAUCUUGUUAACAGCAUUGAGAAGCAGAUAUCUUCCAGAUUUGAACCGUGUUUAAAUGGAAGCAAACGAAAGACUGAGCAGCUUUUACGGUCGGCAGAAAUUAUGGGAAGAAGAGGAACGGUGAUUGUGGCGAUGGUGGAAUGCAGUUCAAGACAAAAUUGGAACGAACUUGCAGAGACAGCAAGUGUGAAAUGGGCAGAUAAGUUAUCGUGUCAUUUUGACGCGCUGAUUGUUCUAUUUCAUCAGUGGAAGCUUAUUCCAGUUUUAUCCAUUCGUCGCAAUUCCAGUACAUUAUGGCGUCAGCUGCAAUUGCGAUCUUACCAGGUCGCGUAUAUCUGGCCAAAACUACUUCCACAUUCCGGUAGCGAUCGCAGCAGCAGUGAAAGCAAGAGAGGUGACACAACAUUCGAUGGAAUGUUGAUGCUUAGAGGAAAGUACGAAAAUGAAGAAGCUGAACAGCUGGUGGAUGAAUUAUUAAGUAUAAUGGAUGUGAAAGCAAGACAAUCAGCAGUUUCUACUACAGGAGAAGGAUCGAAGACUCGCGAACAUGUACCGAACUGGGCCUUUAUUGUUAUCAUCGUAUCUAUCUUGCUGUCUGCCGUGGCUUUCUAUAUUGGCACCUGCAUCAACAAAAAGACAUCCUGGAAGCCAUUCAGUAAUGGGAAGCCAAAAUCAGAGGGAAAACGAAGACUGUGGGGUGCUGGAUUCUCUGGUGGUAUAUGGGGUGCAUCUUAA